AUGGCAAGCAACAACAUUAACGCUCUUCCUCCUUUCGUCGUCUUCUUCAUCGUGGCGACAAUACUUUGUCUUCCCGCCGCUCAUGGGCAGUUGACAGCAGAUUUCUACGAUCAUAUCUGCCCCGAAGCACUGCCCAAGAUCAAGGAGAUAGUCCAACAGGCCAUUGCACAAGAGGCACGUAUUGGAGCUUCAUUGCUUCGCAUACACUUCCACGAUUGCUUCGUCAAUGGUUGUGACGGAUCUGUCCUGUUGGAUGACAUCCCGGGGGUCUUCACUGGUGAGAAGACGGCAAGACCCAAUUUCCAGUCCCUUAGGCCUCAGGCUUUCGCCCUAAUAGAUCAAAUCAAGGCAGCUGUGGAUGAAGUUUGUUAUGGAACCGUCGUAUCGUGUGCCGAUAUAUUAGCUGUUGCAGCUCGUGACUCAAUUGACAUCUUGGGAGGGUCAUGCUAUGAGGUUCUUCUAGGAAGAAGAGAUGCCAAAACCGCCAGUUUGAACGAUGCAAACAACGAUAUACCUUCUCCAUUUUCGGACUUGAGUCAGCUUCUCCAAAAUUUCAAACAACACGGGCUAACCCUCAAAGACUUAGUUGUCCUCUCGGGGGGCCACACCAUCGGCCUCGCCAGGUGCACCGUAUUCAGGAACAGGACUUACAAUGACAACAACAUCGACCAAAACUUUGCUGCCCAUCUGAAGGGGAUUUGCCCUCAGACUGUCGGGGUUGGAGACAACAACACCGCACCAUUGGAUUUCACUCCGACCCAAGUCGACACCAAUUACUAUAAGAUAUUGCUCGAAAAGAAAGGUCUCCUGCAUUCUGACCAGGAGCUCUUUAAGGGGGACGGGAGCGAAAGCAGCGACUUGGUGCAGUACUUCGCCAAUAACCCAGAUAAGUUUGCCGAAGCUUUUGCAGUUUCCAUGAUCAAGAUGGGAAAUUUGGAGCCACUCACUGGUGACAAGGGAGAGAUAAGGAAGAACUGCAGGAGGGUCAAUAACUAAAACAACUAUUUCUGUUUUUCUCUGUGUGAAUUUCUUUUCAUAAUAAUAUUUUGAUCAAGUUUAUUCCUUAUAAUUGGUGAAAUGUUCACUGCACAAGUGAAAAAGAGGAGAUAAUCUUCUUUGUUUGUUUCUUUUUUAAAAAGUUGAA